GAGCCAGAAGAUAGCUAAACAAAGGAUUACUCAGCAAGCAUGCAUUUGAACCCCAAGUCACAACUUUCAUCAAACCUCCGUUGGAUCAUUCACUGCUCCUCCUUCCUUCACAACCAAUGACUUCCUUUUACCUCAACUCCUUACUCCCUCUUCCUGCUUCUCAUCCCCAGAAACUUCUUGAACCCUCUCCUUCCUCUUUGUUGAGCACUUCUAGCUCUAACGAAGUUGCUCUGAAACCGAUCGUCAUCAAUGGAGACCCACCCACUUUCGUCUCUGCUCCUUCUCGCCGUAUCAUCGCUGUCGGAGACCUUCACGGAGAUCUGAGUAAAGCCAGAGAUGCCCUUCAGCUUGCCGGUGUUUUAAGCUCCGACGGAAGAGACCAAUGGAUUGGUGAAGACACUGUAUUAGUCCAAGUAGGAGAUAUACUGGAUCGUGGCGAGGAUGAGAUUGCAAUACUCUCCUUAUUGAGGUUACUUGAUGAACAGGCCAAAGCUAACGGUGGAGCUGUUUUCCAGGUUAAUGGGAACCAUGAGACGAUGAACGUUGAAGGAGACUUCAGAUACGUAGACACGAGAGCGUUUGAUGAGUGUAUAGACUUUCUUGACUACUUGGAGGACUAUGCACAAGACUAUGACAAAGCUUUUAAGAAUUGGAUUUUCGAGUCAAGACAAUUUAAAGAAGAUAGGAAGAGUUCUCAAACCUAUUGGGAUCAAUGGAAUGUAGUCAAGAGGCAAAAGGGAGUGAUUGCAAGGUCAGUCCUUUUCAGACCAGGUGGUCGUUUAGCAUGUGAGUUGGCUCGUCAUGGAGUUAUCUUGCGUGUUAACAACUGGGUGUUCUGCCACGGUGGUCUCCUUCCUCACCACGUUGCAUAUGGUGUAGAGAGGAUAAACAGAGAAGUCUCUACUUGGAUGAAGAGCUCUAGUGACGAUGAAGAUAGUCCUGAGAUGCCAUUUAUUGCAACUCGAGGGUAUGAUAGUGUGGUUUGGAGCAGGCUUUACUCAAGAGAGACCUCUGAUCUGAAUGAAUAUCAAAUUGAACAGGUAAGUAAAAUUCUCCGGGACUCUCUUGAAGCUGUUGGUGCCAAGGCGAUGGUGGUAGGACAUACUCCUCAGUUAUCAGGCGUAAACUGUGAAUAUGGUUGCGGCAUAUGGAGAGUUGAUGUAGGAAUGUCCAGUGGUGUUCUGGACUCUAGACCAGAGGUUUUAGAGAUAAGAGGGGACAAAGCUAGAGUUAUAAGGAGCAACCGGGACAGACUUCAUGAACUUCAAGUUGCAGAUUACAUUUAAAAAGCUCUUAGUGACAAGAAACAGACUCUGGUGGCUUGCACAAAUAAAAAGCAGCAGAAGUUUCAGACAAGACCCACAUGAAAGACAUGCAGCUGAGGUGAGGCCAAACUUUCAAGUCUAUGUAUGUAUUGUAUAUACAUUGUAUGUGAAUCAUAAGAAACACGGUAUUCAUCAAGUAAGAGGUUUGUAUAGCAAAACACUAUAUAGGUAAUGAUAUUAUAAGGGGAAAGUAUACUACUAUUUUGUUACCAAUCAAAUGUGGAUUCAG